CAGUGAUGGCGGCGACAGCGGUGACGGCAGCGGCAGCGGCUCCGGCAACUGGGGCCGGCACGGAUGGCGCCUCCUCAGUGCAUUGGUUCCGCAAGGGACUUCGGCUCCACGACAAUCCGGCGCUGCUGGCGGCAGUGCGGGGGGCGCGCUGCGUGCGCUGCGUUUACAUCCUCGACCCUUGGUUCGCGGCCUCCUCUUCGGUCGGGAUCAACCGAUGGAGGUUCCUGCUUCAGUCUCUGGAAGAUCUGGACACGAGUUUAAGGAAACUGAACUCCCGCCUGUUUGUAGUCCGGGGACAGCCAGCUGACGUGUUCCCAAGGCUAUUCAAGGAAUGGGGGGUGACCCGCCUGACCUUUGAAUAUGACUCGGAACCCUUUGGGAAGGAACGGGAUGCUGCCAUCAUGAAGAUGGCCAAGGAGGCGGGUGUAGAGGUGGUGACGGAGAACUCGCACACUCUCUAUGACCUGGACAGGAUCAUUGAGCUGAACGGACAGAAGCCACCCCUCACCUACAAGCGCUUUCAGGCCAUCAUCAGCCGCAUGGAGCUGCCCCGGAAGCCCGUGGGCUCCGUGACCAGCCAGCAGAUGGAGCGCUGCCCGGCCGAGAUCCAGGAGAACCACGACGAGACUUACGGCGUGCCCUCCCUGGAGGAGCUGGGGUUCCCCACAGAAGGGCUUGGCCCAGCUGUUUGGCAAGGAGGAGAGACCGAAGCUCUGGCCCGCCUGGAUAAGCACUUGGAACGGAAGGCCUGGGUUGCCAACUACGAGAGACCUCGAAUGAACGCCAACUCCCUGCUGGCCAGCCCCACGGGCCUCAGCCCCUACCUGCGCUUCGGCUGCCUCUCCUGCCGCCUCUUCUACUACCGCCUGUGGGACCUGUAUAAAAAGGUGAAGCGGAACAGCACACCCCCGCUCUCCCUGUUUGGGCAACUCCUGUGGCGAGAGUUUUUCUACACAGCUGCCACCAACAACCCCAGGUUUGACCGCAUGGAGGGGAACCCCAUCUGCAUCCAGAUCCCCUGGGACCGCAACCCCGAGGCCCUGGCCAAGUGGGCCGAGGGCAAGACAGGCUUCCCCUGGAUUGACGCCAUCAUGACCCAGCUGAGGCAGGAGGGCUGGAUCCACCACCUGGCCCGGCACGCCGUGGCCUGCUUCCUCACCCGCGGGGACCUCUGGGUCAGCUGGGAGAGCGGGGUCCGGGUGUUUGACGAGCUGCUCCUGGACGCGGACUUCAGCGUGAACGCGGGUAGCUGGAUGUGGCUGUCCUGCAGCGCCUUCUUCCAGCAGUUCUUCCACUGCUACUGCCCCGUGGGUUUUGGCCGCCGCACGGACCCCAGUGGGGACUACAUCAGGCGGUACCUGCCCAAAUUGAAAGGGUUCCCCUCUCGAUACAUCUACGAGCCUUGGAACGCCCCGGAGUCGAUCCAGAAGGCCGCCAAGUGCAUCAUCGGCGUGGACUACCCACGGCCCAUCGUCAACCACGCCGAGACCAGCCGGCUCAACAUUGAGCGAAUGAAGCAGAUUUACCAGCAGCUCUCUCGCUACCGGGGACUCUGCCUGCUGGCGUCUGUCCCUUCCUGUGUGGAAGACCUCAGCAACCCGGUGGCAGAGCCCAGCUCGAGCCAGACGGGGGGCACAAGCAGUGCAGGCCCGAGGCCGCUGCCCAGUGGCCCAGCAUCCCCCAAACGCAAGCUGGAAGCCGCGGAGGAGCCGCCCGGGGAAGAACUCAGCAAACGGGCCAGGGUGGCUGAGUUGCCCGCCCCAGAGCUGCCGAGCAGGGACGUCUGAGACGGCAGCACCGUGGCUCCGUGAGCAACGCCUGGGUGCCCGAGCAGCCGCCGUGGCAGCAGGCUGCGACCUGCAGAGAAGCUGAUCGCCGACAGAGAUCGAGCCAGCGUGUGUGUGUAUGUGCGCGCGUGUGCAGGGGAAGGAGUGGUGUGCUAUCUGCGUGUGCAUGCAUCUGUUUACACUCUUGUGAUUCUGGAAGCUGCCUGGGCUGGAGAAGGACCUGUAGCAGCUUCACCUCGGCCUUCAGACACCAGGCUAGUAGAGGUCAUGGCUGUGACUCUCAGCCAUGACCUGUCCCUGCGAACCGGCUGCCCCGUCUGAACAGAAGAGUGAGUGGUGGGACCCUAGCUGGGAUUCUGGCACCUGCCCCUCCGCCAGCCCUUCCCCUCUCCCUCCUCGCAUCGGACCGAGGAGCCGAGGGCAACAUUUCCAGUUCUCGUCCAGAGCCCUGCUGAGUCCGUCCUGCCCUGGACGCUGAGCAAGGCUGAGCAGCUGGAGCGGAUGGGUGCUGCCCAGACACAGUCACCUGGUCUGGCUUCUUUCUCAUUUCAAAAUUCCCUGCCCCGAGGUCCUCCAGACCCUUCCUCAGGCGCUAGGCCAGAGCACAAGGGUGGGGACGGAUCCAAAAACUUCCCGCCACCACACAGCCGUGCCCCUGUGCCUGUGUGCCUGGUACAGUAGACAGUAGCCUAGGAGGUACAGUCACCUUUUGGGCACUGGAACCUAAGGUUAGGAACAGCGUCCCAGCUGUCACCAUUGCUUUCCCAGAAGCUGAGAGCCAGUUCCAAGCUGACCGUGGAGACCCAGUGACUCCCCCAGGGGGAGGCGGGUUCCUGGGCCCCCCAGCCACACUCCAGGACACCACAGUGUUGCUGCCAAGUUCAGCUGACACCCCUCCAGCAAGGCCGUCCUGGUCUGUGCUCUGCAGGCCUCCGGGCCUGGUGCUGGCCAGCAUCCAAGUUGGCCAUGACAGCGCCACCAGUAGCUGGGUGCCAAGGACCCAGGCAGGCAGGCCAGGAUGGGCACUGGUGGGGACAGUUGGGGAAGGCCGGAGCGGAGAGCCCACCCAGCACACUGGCCCUUCCAGGAGCAGCCGGCGGGAGGGUGGACCCAGGGGAGCCAAGGCCUUACAUUCCAGGAGUGGCCUGUGCCACCCACCUCAGCCUCCCACUGGCGAAGGCCCGUGCCCAGAAAGAACAAAAAGGACGACUGUGGUCAGCUGCCGCGAGUCUUCCCUCCACCCUGUGGCCUGCACUAGAGCCACAAAGUGUGCGUGCAUGCGUGCGUGCGUGUGCUUGUGUGUGUGGGAGUGCGUGCUCACGCACUCGUAGCUGAGAGGCUAAUUCCUUGGUGGACUUUUGUCCUCACAUGUAACGUUAAGCUGGCCUCUGGGCCUUCUCCUCUCUACCUCCCUGUGACCUUCCCUAGCCUCAUAGCUGUUAACUCCCUCGGCCCCAGCCCUGUGCCUCACUGGCCUCUGCCCUCGGACCAGAGCCCUGGGGUCAGGCCCCUGUCCCCGUCAGCUGCCCAGCACAUGGACAGGCUUCUUGCUGAGACGUCCACAGGCUUUCUCGGCCAGAGAGCUGCCUUCGGAGCCCUGCUGUUGUACGCGUGCCCCCUCACCGGAAACGUCCCGUACUCAUGUGGGGGGGCGCAGGGCACAGGUGGUUGUGUGUGUGUGGAGCCUUGGGUUGAGAACACCCCUAUUCUUCUAGCCCCAGCUGGGCGGAAAGAGAACUGGGGGCUGUGGUCAGGAGCAGGGAGAGCAAGCCUGGAAGGGCUGGUCUGAGAAACGGGGCCAGAGGGCUUCAGGCCAGAGUCACUACUUACUUAGCAGCACCUUCAGAUAUCAGGAUGGGUCCCUUUUCCUGCCUAUUUGAUGAUGGCUGUCUUCCUCAAGGCACAAGCUGGCCAGGCCACGUAACCCUGCCGCACCCUCCCUGGCACGCUGGCCCCUUCCCAGUGGAAUGGAGCCGUCCACUCCCGGAGCUGGGAGGGGUGGGGACAGGGUACAUCCAGUGGCCCGAAGCACCACGAUGGCUUCGUGCCUCCCCUGUCCUGGCCCAGGUGUCCCCGGGGGCUGCCAAAGAGCACUGGCCAUGUCCUGACGCAAGGGCCAUCGUGGGGAAGAGAGUCGCAGGCAAAAUGCACUUUAUACAGAGAUUCUUGUUGCAGGGAAGGUGUGUUCCUCCCACAGUUUGUGAAUAUUCACUUACUUCAUAAAUGUCCGAUCCUGUCUGAA